CGCCCCGCUCGACCCCGGCGUGGUGCGCAGGCGCGAUAUCCCCCUAGCGCGACCCUGGCGUGGUGCGCAGGCGCAGUCUGCGCAGGGACUGGCGGGACUGCGUGGCGGCGUCAACAGUUAUGUCGGGGGUCCGGAGGCUGUCGCGGCUGCUGAGCACUCGGCGCCUGGCGCUGGCCAAGGCGUGGCCAGCAGUGUUGCAAACAGGAACCCGAGGUUUUCACUUCACUGUUGAUGGGAACAAGAGGGCAUCUGCUAAAGUUUCAGAUUCCAUUUCUGCUCAGUAUCCAGUAGUGGAUCAUGAAUUUGAUGCAGUGGUGGUAGGCGCUGGAGGGGCAGGCUUGCGAGCUGCAUUUGGCCUUUCUGAGGCAGGGUUUAAUACAGCAUGUGUUACAAAGCUGUUUCCUACCAGGUCACACACUGUUGCAGCGCAGGGAGGAAUCAACGCUGCUCUGGGGAACAUGGAGGAGGACAACUGGAGGUGGCAUUUCUACGACACCGUGAAGGGCUCCGACUGGCUGGGGGACCAGGAUGCCAUCCACUACAUGACAGAGCAGGCUCCCGCCGCCGUGGUCGAGCUGGAAAAUUAUGGCAUGCCAUUUAGCAGAACUGAAGAUGGGAAGAUUUAUCAGCGUGCAUUUGGUGGACAGAGCCUCAAGUUUGGAAAGGGCGGGCAGGCCCAUCGGUGCUGCUGUGUGGCUGAUCGGACCGGCCACUCACUAUUGCACACCUUAUAUGGAAGGUCUCUGCGAUAUGACACCAGCUAUUUUGUGGAGUAUUUUGCCUUGGAUCUCCUGAUGGAGGAUGGGGAGUGCCGUGGUGUCAUCGCACUGUGCAUAGAGGAUGGGUCCAUCCAUCGCAUAAGAGCAAAGAACACUGUUGUUGCCACAGGUUUUGCAGGCAUAUAUGGUGCCGGUUGUCUCAUUACGGAAGGAUGUCGUGGAGAGGGAGGCAUUCUCAUUAACAGUCAAGGCGAAAGGUUUAUGGAGCGAUACGCCCCUGUGGCGAAGGACCUGGCGUCUAGAGAUGUGGUGUCUCGGUCGAUGACUCUGGAGAUCCGCGAAGGAAGAGGCUGUGGCCCUGAGAAAGAUCACGUCUACCUGCAGCUGCACCACCUGCCUCCGGAGCAGCUGGCCACGCGCCUGCCCGGCAUUUCAGAGACAGCCAUGAUCUUCGCCGGUGUGGACGUGACGAAGGAGCCGAUCCCUGUCCUCCCCACCGUGCAUUAUAACAUGGGCGGCAUUCCCACCAACUACAAGGGGCAGGUCCUGAGGCACGUGAAUGGCCAGGAUCAGAUUGUGCCCGGGCUGUACGCCUGUGGGGAGGCCGCCUGUGCCUCGGUACAUGGUGCCAACCGGCUCGGGGCAAACUCUCUCUUGGACCUGGUCGUCUUUGGUCGGGCAUGUGCCCUGAGCAUCGAAGAGUCAUGCAGGCCUGGAGAUAAAGUCCCUCCAAUUAAACCAAAUGCUGGGGAAGAAUCUGUCAUGAAUCUUGACAAAUUGAGAUUUGCUGACGGAAGCAUAAGAACGUCGGAACUUCGACUCAGCAUGCAGAAGUCAAUGCAAAAUCAUGCUGCCGUGUUCCGUGUGGGAAGCGUGUUGCAAGAAGGUUGUGGGAAAAUCAGCAAGCUCUACGGAGACCUGAAGCACCUGAAGACGUUUGACCGGGGAAUGGUCUGGAACACGGACCUGGUGGAGACCCUGGAGCUGCAGAACCUGAUGCUGUGUGCGCUGCAGACCAUCUACGGAGCAGAGGCGCGGAAGGAGUCACGGGGCGCCCACGCCAGGGAAGACUACAAGGUGCGGAUUGAUGAGUACGAUUACUCCAAGCCCAUCCAGGGGCAACAGAAGAAGCCUUUUGAGGAGCACUGGAGGAAGCACACCCUGUCCUACGUGGACGUCAGCACUGGGAAGGUCACUCUGGAAUAUAGACCCGUAAUCGACAAAACUUUGAACGAGGCUGACUGUGCCACCGUCCCCCCAGCCAUUCGCUCCUACUGAUGAGACAAGAUGCAGUGAUAACAGAAUCAGCUUUUGUAAUUAUGUAUAAUAGCUCAUGCAUGUGUCCAUGUCAUAACUGCCUUUAUAUGCUUCUGCACUCCGGGGAAAAAGGAGUACAUUGAAGGGAGAUUGGCACCCAGUGGCUGGUAGCUUACCAGGAACCCAGUGGCCAGGGAACGUGGCACUUACCUUUGUCCCUUGCUUCAUUCUUGUGAGAUGAUAAAACUGGGCACAGCUCUUAAAUAAAAUACAAAUGAACAAACUUU